UGGACAAUCAGGAAGUCCAAGCCACAAUGAUCCUGCCAAGAAUCCACCAGUGUAUCUUGAGGAUAGUUUUGUAAAAUCUGGAGUCUUUAAUGUAUCUGAACUUGUGCGGGUGUCUAGAACACCUAUAACCCAGGGAGCUGGAGUAAACUUCCCCAUUGGAGAACUUCCAGGUCAACCAUAUUAUCAUGACAUGAACUCAAGUGUUAACUUACAGCGAUCGCUAUCCUCUCCACCAACCAGUAAGAGACCCAAAACUAUAUCCAUAGAUGAGAAUAUGGAACCAAGCCCAACAGGAGACUUUUAUCCUUCCCCAAAUUCACCAGCUGCUGGUAGUAGGACAUGGCAUGAAAGAGAUCAAGAUAUGUCUUCUCCUACAAUGAAGAAACCUGAAAAGCCUUUGUUUAGCACUACAUCUCCCCAGGAUUCUUCGCCAAGACUGACUUUCCAGCACCAUCAUCCAGGAAUCCCAGGAGUUGCACACAGUGUCAUCUCAACUAGAACUCCACCUCCACCCUCACCAUUGCCAUUUCCACCACAAGCUAUUCUCCCUCCUGCCCCAUCUAGCUAUUUCUCUCACCCAACUAUCCGAUAUCCUCCUCACCUGAAUCCUCAGGAUACUUUGAAGAAUUAUUCUUAUGACCCGUCCAGUCCACAAACCAGCCAGCCUAACAGCAGUGGUCAAGUAGUAGGGAAAAUGCCUGGCCAUUUUACUCCAGUUUUGGCACCCUCUCCCCAUCACAGUGCGGUGAGACCUGUGACCUUGACCAUGACAGACACUAAGCCCAUCACUACAUCCACUGAAGGUGAGGCAUCUUCACCUACAGCAACCACCUAUACAGCUUCAGGCACAUCCCAAGCCAAUCGAUAUGUGGGACUAAGUCCAAGAGACCCUUCCUUCCUACACCAGCAACAGCUGAGGAUUUGUGACUGGACCAUGAAUCAAAACGGCAGGCAUUUAUACCCCAGUGCCAAUGAGGAUACAUUGGGAAUUACUUGGCAAAGUCCUGGUACCUGGGCUAGCUUGGUCCCCUUUCAAGUAUCAAACAGGACAUCAAUCCUGCCCACAAAUGUCCAAAAUUAUGGUUUGAACAUAAUUGGAGAGCCUUUUCUUCAAGCAGAAACAAGCAACUGAGGGAGAUUGAAACUGAACAAAUACUAUAAAAGAAAGGAAGAUGGGACAAAAAGCAAAGAAGAAACUGAAGAAAGAAGAAACAUAAACCAGCAAUUGCAGCACUUACAAUCAUUAAUUCCCUUAAGAUUGAAACUAUAAUGGCAAAAACAACAGCAACAACAAAAAUGUUGGGAUGGGGGAGAGGAUCAAUGAUAUUUCACUGAUGAGUGGAAAGAUGCUCCUCCUGAGUAGCCUUUGUUCUAUGAAAUCCACUGGGAAAUAGAUGUUCUGUCUCUGACAAUAUAUUUUAACUGACUUUCUAGAUGCCUUAAUAUUUGCAUGAUAAGCUAGUUUAUUGGUUUAGUAUUCUUGUUGUUUACGCAUGGGAUCACUAUUCCUAGUUAGCUCUCAAAACAAAGGCUAGGAGGCAUCCACAGAACUGCAGGAGAAGGAGGGCCACAAGCUAUUUUUUUCUCAGCAGUCUGAUUUCUAAAAGAUUUUUCAAAGAAAAAGAAAUUCAGCUUUUAGUUGUCAACCCCAAUUUAUUUAAUUUAGGCCCUUAACCCAGUCUUUUCUUAGUGUGUUACCCAGUUUAAAUUUUUCAGGAAGUCAUUUAAAUAAGCAGGCAUUAUAUAAAAUCAAUGGCUUACUUUGGGUAAAAGAAAGUGUUACCUUCUCAAAUGACAGUUUAAAAAACCUGAGAAAGACACUAAAAAUAAUUCCCCAUGCUAAUGAAAACACUUAGAGGCAAGUGCAAUUUAAAAACUGUAUCUAAAGGGGAUAAUUGUUAUAAGUCCUUUAGCCCUUGGACUCUAAAUCGAGGGGAUUAAAAGACAAGAUGAAUUUCAAAAGUAUUUCGAACAAAUGUAUUUUUCCCUCACUUUUGAAAGGGGGGGUCAUUAAAAGGCAUUAACUAAAUCAAGACAAAUCAUUUACUUGAGAAAAAGAAAUUAAUUGAAACGCAGCACUUAUGUUGAUUUAGCUUCUGCCUCCUUUGAGGUAUCUUAUUUAUUUAAAGUUACUGGUUGGAUCAAGAACCCAUAGAUAAUGGAAGAGGUUCCAUAGAACCUUCACGACAGAGACUGAGAGAGGUAAAUCCAUGUCACAGGGGCAUAGCUUCCGGUUUACAAAUGGGAAUGACAGGUUGUUGGGUUGUGGGAAGGGGAACUGAAAUAUAUUUUUUAAAAAUGCACUCUUUAAAAAGCCUAAUGACAGGGUGCUGAAAACUUGCAUGGUGCUCUCAGAAAUUAGCCUUGUUUGACAGAUUUCUCAUAUACACAAUAUUGUGCAUGGGCAGAUACAUUUUGCCUCUAUGUCUCUAUAAAAGAAUAAUUAAAACUACUCUAUCCAGUAAUCCUAAUUUGCACGAAGUUAUAAUGUCCACAUAACGUGCCUUGCCUUGAAAUCUAAAAAGUGACAUCACUACACUUGUUUUGCUGCAUUUAUUAUCAUUUUAAAUCUGUACCAUUUUUAUGACAAAAUAUUUUGUACUCCAGAUGGGAAAAUAACAACAACAAAAAGUGACAUCAUGGAUUUUUUAAGCAGUUAUAACUUUAUCUCACAUUUAUAAAGCAUAUCAUGGCUGUGUAUAGUUGCCGCUUAAAAAUUGUAAUCGACCAGCAAUAUUUUCAGUAUUUUGGUGUUUUUUCUAUUAAUCUUUCAUGUUUUUCAUCUUCCAAUUAAUAUUGGGGGGAGGGGAUUCAAAUUUAUACGAAUUAUGCAAUACCAAGUUUUGCCUAUGUAGGUAGUGCUUUUAGCUGUAUUGGUUAUUAUAGGUAAGUACACAGAUUUAAAAGACAAAAGAUUAAUGUAUGCUUUUUUGUUUGUUUUAAUUGACCAAAGUGGGUACUGCUAUUUUUGCAGUGUGAUGAGAUCCUUUUUGUGUACUAAGAGAUGGGCAGGGGAUUUUUUUUUUUUUUAACUACAUACAUAUAUCUAUAUAUUCUGGGGGGGGGGGGGAGGAUUUUUAACACUUGACAGUGUAGCUGUGCAGCAGAGCACCAUUGGCUGGGUGAGGGCUACAAAGCGACUCUUCUUCCUACUGUGAUUUUUAAAAAAAAAUCAAAAAGGUGUUCUCUUUUAAAUUUCCCACCUGGGGUGCAAGCUGAAAUCAUUUCUGGAUUGAAAACAAUAACAGCAAAAAUGAAAAAUAAAUGGUAAUGGAUUUUAUUGGAGGCGGACCUGACUUGAGAAAGAAUUACUCCUUUUAAAAAAAAAUUAAGGUCUCAAGACCCACAGAGAUCAAAAGCCCUGUAAAAUUUUGCAAGUUAUGUAUCCGUCAUAUAAAAGACUAUUUUGAGACUUAAAAAUCACAUAGUAUAUACUGCCAAAACAGUGGUCUUCCAAAGACGCUAAUUGUAUACUAAGUAUUGAAUUGGAUUCAGUAUUUGUUUUCUGCAAAUGAAGGGAUCUCCAAUUGGAAUUUCAUGAAGGUUUUUUCCCCUUUUCUGCAGCCUUCAGUAUCACUGGCUUCUAUUGUCAGAGGUCAGGUAGGAAUUGGGGACUGGACCGUUCAGUGACUAAUCUGCCAGUGGAACGUUUUGCUAGAUCAGAUCCCUUCUGUAGCCUUGCUCCCAUAUAGACCUACACUACUGUUUCAGUACAAAUCACCAAGCACAAAAUGUACAUACGCCAUGUGUUUGUGGACAACCUGGUUAUAUAUUAAAAUGAGUAUAGAAAACAGCCAGCGUUGAUUGCCUAAAUAUAAAGGUUGCCCUGCUCGAGCAAGGGUGAUUAUAUGUGAUCACAUCCCUCUUGCACAAAACUACUAAAAUGUCCACACUGCAUUUCUAAUACUGGCAAGAACGCAAAGUAGUCCAUCUUAUUUUUGUGUUCUUACAAAGAGUAGCUCCUUUCUAAAUAACUAGUUGUAAAGAUCUCUUAGAUUAGAUAAAAAUGGAAAUGAAUAAAUUAUUCAGACUUGCAUUCUAUUUUUUAAAAUAACACCUUAUGUAGACAUGGCGCAUAUGUCUCUAUUCUGAUAAAGAUAAUGCCCAUCAAUUGUAAUGUGCACCAACAGUAGAAGAAAAUCAUCAUAAUCUGAUGCUUCUUUCCCCUUUCCAGGAGAUAGAAAUGAAUAUAUGUACAAGUCCAAUGUUAGUAUUCACAACUGGCAUGGAUGUAGGUAUUUCGUCCUUGGUAUCUGUACUGAAAAUACAAACUAAAACCCAAGGAAUUGUUCGGUCUAUGUGUAUACUGACACGCAAGUUUGGUUUGCCUUUAGUUUCAGCAGAUGUAGAUUGAUAGGCAGUUAAUACACUUUUAUAACAUUAUAAAGAAAUAUUUUAAAGAGUUCCUAAUCUGCCCUUUUCAAACAGCUAUGCAAAGAGAAUGAAAAUUACAACAGGGUACAAUAUUUCCCUUCAAAUAGCUUCUUACUGAAAAAAAUUGUACACUGCCAUGAGCCACAUAAGUGUGGCAAUAUAUAAAUAAAGUAAAACAAUAAAAUUACUUUGAAGAAGAGUAUCCUAAAACAUUGCCAUUUGAGCUAGAGAAAAUACUUUUAGAUACUCGUUCCAAAAUAUUCAUGUGAACCAUGGCUUCUCACUUUUUUCCAGAGCAGUAGUUCAACAUGCUGCUCUGAGCUAGAAAAGCAUCUAAAUAAGCAGUGCUUAGGGUUGCCAUAAAAUAAAUAAAUAAUAAAAAUUAUCCUGAUGUCCUGCUUUGACUGUGGCCUUUUGUACUAGGGGCUACGUCUCAACCAAUUUCCACCUGAAUUGCCACUGAAUUAGCUGGCAUUUUCCCUGUUGCAGCCUUCUUUAAAACGACGCUGAGAAUCACAGAUGCUGAAAGAGAGUCAUUCUCUAGAGCUCCCUUUCUGCACCAAUUCCUCUUGCACCAAUAGAAUGCCUUUUUGAGGAAGUUGCUUCUGUAAAGUCUAAGGGCAGUUGCAAAGCUGUACGAUUGUUUUGUUGGUAAGGUUUGUAUUUAGCUAAAGCAAGAAUGAAACCAACUAUAUGUUGGCUCUUUUUUUCUGAGCCCCUUUGUAAGUGAAUUAAUUCACUAAAUAUAUGGCUGUUGGGAAGAACCAAAAUGUACAAACAGGUCUCACUGAGAGUCCCUUAGCUAGUGGCCCAUAAAACCAUGCACUGUUCUUUUGGUUAAUCUCUUAAUGACCACCAUGUAUGAAUGGUGUUGUUAAAAAUGGCUGGAGACCGAUAGUCAUUUAUCUAUCCAGCCCAAUAAUUUCUUUCAUUUGGAACACUGAGACCAAGUUGAUUCAGACUUUAAAGUGCAAUAGUUUAAUUGACAAGCAGAACAUGACAGAGAAUCGUUGCGACUAAACUUGAUAAUAAUUCUGGCCUAAUGAAUACAUCAAAUGGAUAUAUUUUUUUUCAAAGAGAAUAUUUCUAAAAGGCUACCUUGCUUCUUUAGAUCCACUCUUUUGACAUUGAAUUGCCUGGUCAUUUGGACCAUCAUCCUGACAAAACUUUCAGGAUAAUGUUCUCUGUGGGUUUUUCUGCCUCCCUUUGUAACAUAAAGAUCCAUCAUAUCCACCUCUUCUACACUUUUCUCAGAGCUGAGAAUUCUAGUGCAGAAUGAAGUGUUGCAAACUGUAAUCUAGUCUAAACCCCCUCCUUGAUCAGGAAAUAUAUUCUGACAAAAUCAAGCCACCCCGUUCUAUGUGCACUGUUCUGCCUUUUUUCAGUUGCUUUGCAGCCUUGACCUCUUGGCAGUGCCACUGAAGUGUGUUUUCCCCUAGAAUGACAUGAACAUUUGAGGCUUGACUAAGGAAAAAAAGGCAGUGAAGGAGACUGUACAUAGACAUGGCAAAAUAUUAAAUAUAGCAAUAUAGUUGUGUGUUCAGGUGGGCAGCUCCAUUUAUAAUAUGUGAAUGAAUCUGUGAAGCUGCAAUUAGAGAAGAACAGAGGAUCUUCUUAAUGAACCCACCUAUCGUGUAGACAGUAAUUUGUACACUGUAUAGUUUUGUUAAGAUUUUUUUUUAAAGCACCCUCGUUUGUAAAGCUAAUUUUUAGCAAUUAUAAUGGAAAUGUAUGUCAUUUCCACUUUUAACGUAAACAAGAAUCUUCCUUGUUUGGAAACUGGACUUGGGUUAAAACUCUCCAGUUUCUUAAUUUAUGUAUUAAAACAAACAAAAAAAAGUCUGUCCAUGUUACGAGAUAUUUCACUAUGCUUGAAAAGCAUAGGUUACUGAUCCUUUUAAAAGAAAUUGUAAAUGGAGAAAAGUUAUAUUUUAUGAAGGUUAUUUUGUUGUAUUUAGUAUUGGAAAGUUGGGUUUUGGAGCAUUUCAGAAUGUUGGAAGCACCACUGUCUUUUUUUAUUAGUAUAUAUGGCCUUUAGCAAAAAUGUUGUGAUUGUUACAUGAUGGUAUUUAAGAGCAGGUUCACAGAGCAUCCAGGAGAGAAUUUCAGUGAAAAAAUGAAAACAGUACUUAUGUCUCAUAUAGCAGUGUCCUCAGGGAGCAAAAAUUUGGGUUUGCAAUUAGGAGCUUCGUAAGGACUUACUGAAUGAGAUUGCACAAGGAUAUACUGAGCUUUAUCAACAGUGUGUGUCCUGUAUCUAAAACAUUCUAAAUUUUGUAUACUAUGUGAGAUUGUGAAGGCUGCAUCCCACAUUUGAUGUACAGUAUUCACCCUUGAAAAAAGUCUCUACACCAUUGCUGGCACCAUUGCCUCAAGCAUGACAUUGACUAUAGUUUACAUAUUCCUGUCAAGGUCUUUUGUUAACAUUUACCAGCUGCAUGCUUCCUAGGCUCUUAUUUUUUUAUUGGGUUUCUAUAAAAGAUGCUAAACAAUGCAGGCAAAUCAUGUUGAACAGUGAAAGCUCAAAAUUGAAUGUCCUACUCCAUGCUGAAGGAGCUGAAACCUGCCUCCUUCAUAUUUGCACUUUCUGAGACUUCCCCUGUUUUUCUAUCUCUUCAAAAUGGUGUGGGUGUGUUGGAGCCCCACAGUUGGAGGAUAACACGGACCACUGGGUUUGCCCUUUGACCCGGCACAAUGACCUUUGCAUCAGCCAAACUUAUUGCCAUGACAACUCUUGUACUGUUUCCAUGCCACAGCUCUAUUGGUCACAUUUGUUAAUAGCAAAGGGGACAAAGUAGGAGACGGUCAAUUUAUACAUUUUUGUUGCAAUUUUUUUCCUCAAUGGUUGUAAGUAGUUUUUUUUAUAUAUAUAAUAAAAGGGUUCACUAGUUAUUACUCCUUAGGAUUAUCUGUGUGUUGCAAUUAAAAUGUAUGUUGACUUUGUGAAAGGGGCUUCAGUGGCACUAGCCACCCCCCACGCUCAUCCAAGCCUUUGUUGCUUUUAGCGCUCGAUACCGUUCCAGGAAGAACCGAAACAAACACAGCAGAAAGUACUACACCGAAAGCAGCGAGAGCCAGUGACACUGAAGCCAGUCUUUGUAUUACUGUAUUUUUGACAGAAUGGUU